UUCAGUCAGGUUUCGCGCCAAAUGCCAAUUCGUUCUUCAGACUUCACUGUUUUUUACAGAUUUAUUUUUAUUUAUAAAUUAUUAGGUGAAUUCCAUGUAGUGUUUUACAAAGUUAAUUAUGAAAACAUACCAAGUGUCCUAACAAGUGAAAAACGUAUCUACUGGUUUAAAUAAAACAUAUUCGAAGUAGUGAAGAAUAGGUAUAAAAAUAUCUAAUGGCUACCCUACAGUCUACAAUUCCUUUUAAGCAGCGCAAAAGAACAUGUCUGGGCAACAAAAAUAAGGCAAAUAUCGAAAAUGAAAAUAUUUUGAAUAUUGACUGUGCCACACGGAAAAAGAGAGUGUCUAAAAAUAUUUUAACUGAUGAUGAUAAUUGUUCACCACCAAAGAUUACUAAGACAAAAAACAUUACCAAAGACCAAAAUCAAGAUGAUGUUACCGAAGGUGCUGAUAUUUCAUUGCAACCCUUAACAAGUAGAGAGAAGGAAAUUGAUUUUCUGGAUUCAUUUUUGACUGAAAAUCUUGACAAGGAAAAAUCUGCAUCAUUAUAUAUUUCUGGACAACCGGGGACAGGCAAAACAGCCAGUUUGUCUUAUAUUUUACAAUUAAAAAAGUUCAAAGAAGGGUAUAAACAAGUUUAUAUAAAUUGUACAAUGGUCAAAUCUGCUGCAAGCAUUUAUAGUAGGUUUUGUAAAGAAUUACAACUGAAAACAUCAGGAACAAGUGAAAAGGCAUGUCUUAAUGCAAUUGAGAAAUAUUUUACCAAAGAACACAAAAUGAUCCUCCUAGUUUUAGACGAAAUAGACCAAUUAGAUAGUAAGAGACAAUCUGUCUUAUAUACAAUAUUUGAAUGGCCUGCUCUUCCUGAUUCACGGAUUGUAUUAAUAGGCAUAGCAAACGCCUUAGAUCUGACAGAGAGGACACUUCCUCGGCUACAAGCUAGAUGCUCUUUAAGGCCUUUGACCCUACAUUUCGCCCCAUACACAAAGCAGCAAAUUAUAAACAUUUUUACGAAAGUUUUAGCAAAUCAGGAUAAAACAAAUGUUUUUUCACCACCGGCUUUGCAAAUGUUGGCAGCUAAAAUAGCUGCAGUGUCAGGAGAUAUGAGAAGAGCCCUGGACAUAGGACGCAGGGUUAUAGAAGUAGCUAAACGCAGUAAAUUUGCUGAACAUAAAUCAGUGGACACUAUCAUGAAUGACUCUACCGUAACUGUAGAAUUAAAACAAGUUCUGGAAGUCUUAAAUGAUGUUUAUGGGGGUUCUAGGACGAUUGAUACAGAUGUAGAGGAAGGAAUGCCGAUGCAACAGAAAUUAAUACUUUGUAGUUUGUUGUUAAUGCUCACUAAAGGCAGAAACAAAGAAAUUGUUAUGGGCAAACUACAUGAUGUCUAUAAAAAGGUGGCGGCGUCCCGCAACAUAGCAGCGUUGGACAUGAGCGAGAUGUCGGGCGCGUGCUCGCUGCUGGAGGCGCGCGGCGCGCUGCGCGUGUGCGCGGGCGCGUCCCGGGCGCGCCGUCUGCGCCUCAACUGGGACGAGAGCGAGCUGGCUGCUGCGCUCGCUGACAAGCCGCUGCUCUCCGCUAUACUCGCUAACCACCAUGUGCUGUCUUAGCAAAAGUUGUGCAACUAGAACUAGCACUGUGCAACGCAGCUGCUCUCUGCCAUAGUUGCUCACCACCAUGUGCUGUCCUAGCACCACUAGUGCAACUAGUACUAGUACUGUGAAACGCCGCUGAUCUCCGCCAUUCUACCUAAUCACCAUGUGGUGUCCUAGCAAAACUUGUGCAACUAGAACUAGCACUGUGAAACGCAGCUGCUCUCUGCCAUAGUUGCUCACCACCAUGUGCUGUCUUAGCAACACUAGUGCAACUAGUACUAGUACUGUGAAACGCCGCUGCUCUCUGCCAUAGUUGCUCACCACCAUGUGCUGUCUUAGCAACACUAGUGCAACUAGUACUAGUACUGUGAAACGCCGCUGUUCUCUGCCAUAGUUGCUCACAACCAUGUGCUGUCCUAGCAACACGAGUGCAACUAUUAUAGUACUAGUGCUAUGUAACGUAAAUGAAGUGACACGGAUAUGGUAUGGUAUAUACAAAGUACACUUUGUAAUAUUAGUGUUAAUAACCAAAAUGACACGGAUUGGGUAUACAUAUAAUAUGUAUAUUAGUUAUUCCUUAGAGAGUAUAUCAAUUGAAUCGUUGUCUGAUAUACAUUAAGGUGUAUAUCAGACUAGAGCGAGCUCACCGUCGCGCUCGCUGGCAAGCCCCUGCUCUCUGCCGUACUCGCUAAUCAGCAUGUGCUAUCCAUAAGCUAUAGCAACUUUUUUUUCUAUAGUGAGUAGGCAUACCCAGAGAGCAAAUAUUCGAAUAGAUAUUAAUCAUAAGAUCAAGUUUUACAUUGAGAAUUAAUAAUCAACGAAAUUUUACUUUUACCUACCUCUAGUUAUUAGCACUCUUUUAAUCCUCAAUGUACUUUUAUUUAUUCUUUUAUAUUAUGACUUGCCAUUUCUUACCAUUUUCUUACGAAAAACCUUUUUCACUUUGAUCUUAUAAUUAGACAAAUUAGGCAAUAAGUAUUGCUUAUAUGCAUUUAUUCAUUUUCUGAAUUAAAUUAAGUUUUAAGUUAUUAUAAGGUAAUUUUGAGGCGAUCUCAUUUAUGUAUUUUGACGACUUUUAAUUUUACUACAAUUUUUAGAGUAUUGGUAAUGUAGAAUUGACACACCAUUUAAGUUUAAUGUCUUUGGAAGUGUUGAAUUAUUAAUUAGUUCUUGUAAUUUUUAGAAUUGUGUAAGUUAUUGUGUUAUGUUAAAAGUUGACCUAUUGAAUUUGCUGACUAAUUGUUACUGUUUAUUUAUAUAAUACAUACGGAAGCAAAAAUGAAAUGUCAUAGUAAACAAAUUUUAAAUUAAUGAUUACAGUUAUAUUAGUUGGCACAAAAAAUGGGUCAAUUUGUGGGAGAUUGUGUUAAUUUUGUUGAUGAAAAGUAUGUUAUCAUCAAAUGUGGUGUGUUUUGAUUGUAUAUUUGUUACGUUAAUAAUGAAGUAGUGAAUAGAAAAUAAGAGGCCUUAAAAUAAAUUGUUGACAUUGAAUGCUGAAUAUUUGCUAUGUAUUUACAUUUUACUUUGUUUUUAUCGUAAGGACUAGGAACCAUAUUCAAUAGAGAAACAGAGGGUUAUGAUUUCAUUUAAUCAGGCAUUUUUUUUAGAAUGUCAUUAUAUUAUGUAUAUAGUAUAUUUUCAGCUCACCUAUUAAUUUGCAUACCGUGUAUCUUUUCUUAUGUUACACAACAAAGGCUAAAUAUACACUUCCGAAAAUGAUAUAAUUCGUAUUAUUUAUGGUACAUGCUAAUUUGUUUGCUUUUGUGCAUAUUAAUGUGUUUGUUAUUUAUAAUAGUAGGUAGUUAUUGCGUAAACGGUGCAUAUAUUUUAUUAAAUUUCUCUUCAUAAUAAUUAUGUUUUACAAAACUGCAAUUUAUGAUAAUGCAACGGGGAACUAGCUCUAAACAUUAUCAAACUCUCUCGAAAUCACUCAUAAUUAUUAUGUUAAAAUUUUGAAUACUUAAGUAUUUUACCAUUAAAAUGACAUGUGUGCAAUUAUCAUGUUACAUAUUGUUAUGAAAACAUUAAUUUUUAAAUGAAUUGUGUCUUACUUUUAUUUAGGUAAAAAAAAUAACUGUAAAUUAAACGCCUUUUUCUCUGAAAUUUUGAUUGAUAUCACUGACAUUUUGAUCUUAUUUAAUUGAGUAGGUACAUAUAAAGAAAUAAAUGUUUCUCUUUUUUUUUGUCAUUAUAUUAUUACGUAUGUUGUGUGUUUACAAAAAGUACAAUUAAUAAAUGUUUUUUAUCUACA